UUCCCUUGAGGAGAGUAGUCACAUUCCGCCUGUUUUUUGAAUUAUCAAAAACCCACGCCAGUCUCACAGCUCCAUCUUCGGACACGCUCUGUGACACUACCGGAGUCCGGAGAAGAGCAAUGGCGGUUCUUUACCCCUGUUUGAAUUUUGGAGCUGCCACCCUUCUUGUGACUGCAGCAUGGGUGUGCUUUGGAAGAAACCUCAGUUUCGGCACGCUGUCAGUUGUCAUGUAUUUCCCCACACUUGUUGCUUUACUUUUUAUGGCUGUCAACAAUGACGGCGAAUUUUGGCAGUUUUUCAGCAGAACAAUUGGCGCACAUCAUUUCUUGCAACCAGAUAAAGUAACAAAUUUUAGUGUGGUAUCAGCAUGUUGGAUUGCCAUCGCAUUCACAAUUCUUCUGAUCACAUUCUGUGUUCUGUUGAGUGUAUCAAUGGGAUGGGGUCACCUAACCAAACAGCAGAAAGAUCAAAGGUCAUCGGAGGUCAAACAGUUGAUGAGUCGGCGGAAGAUCUGGGGAUUUCUGAGAGUAGCAGGUGAGGAGAUUGGAUGGAGAUGCUACUUACUACCAUGCCUCAUGGAGUCAUUUACACCCUCACAGGCUCUCGCCUUCAGUGGUGUAAUUUGGGGUCUAUUCCAUGUGCCCAUCAUGAUUCUGCUGACUGGCCGACUUAACAUUGACCGGCGUUGGACCACAGUGAUCAUCCAGUGCAUCGCGGUUUUCUUGUCUGCUUUCCCACAUGGCUGGAUAGCCAUACGGUCCGGCUAUGCGCUCUGGCCAUCGACCGUCAUGCACUACUCAUGGAAUGUCUUGAAUCCUUUUGUACUUGGGAGUAUCUACACCAAUACGCCAGGUCUGGUAAAGGGUGAUCAAUGGCUUGUUAACGGUGAGGGUCUUGCAGGUUGCUUGGUCUCAGUACCCGUAGCUGUACUCAUUAUCAUGAAUCUCUCAACGUAAAGAUAACAGGUCAUGAAGAGUUCCAUCUUGCCAGUGUAGUGGCGUUGCUUCUCCUGGAGAGCUUUGAUGGCCAACUCCUGAGAGUAGAAAGGUACC